AUGGUUGCAGCGGAUCGAAAAUGGUUUCAGUUGAUGUGGGAAAAGUAUCUGGAUCUCUAUGGAAUCAAAGUAAGAUGUUCAGUAACCCAUAUAUUUUAUUUUGCAAUUUGUAUGGUUUUCAAAAAUAAUCUAAAAAAUCCGAUUUUUCAUUUUUUUCAAAACAUCCCAAAAAUUUUAAAAUAAAAUUGCUUGGAUUUUGAUUACAUUUGGCACAAUAAUAUUACAUCCACAAUUAUCCGAGACAUUUUCUUGAUUUUUAGUUUGCGCUUUACAGGAACAAUUGGGAUUUUCGACCAAGAAGUUUCAAAAAUCCAAUAUUUUUUGAGAUUUUCAAAAUGAAAUUUGAAAUUCCUUUGUAAGAGUCAAGUAUUAUAUAAUAUUUUUACUAAAAAUUGGGCUUCUCCGGACAAACUCCUUGGAGAUCUGGCCGAAAAACGGCCUCUCUGGCUGUCUCUCUUCAUUUUCCGCACUCUCUCGACUGCGAAAAUAGUUGAUUAUUUGGCAAACACUGUAAAAAGAACCUAAUGUUUUGAACGAUUAAAAUUCCUCCACACUACGAAAAAUUUCUAUUUUUACGUUGAAUAAAUUUCCCGUAUUUUAGCCCAUUAUCAUCUUCACAGCACUGAUAACAUUAUGUGAAAUAGCGUUGAUCAUCUUGCAAGAAUAUAACUUGGCAUUUUUUGUUAUUAUGGCAGCUUCAAUAACUUUUACCCACUUUUUUGGAAGAAUCUUGGUUGCGGUGGAAAUGAGACCUCAACCCGCAAAAACUAUCAAAGUCAUCAUGGUGAGAUUUAAAAUAUUCCGUUUAUUCUUGAUAUAAGCAAAUUCCUAGUAAUUAUUUUUUAGAUUAUCUUGUUUGGAGUGAGUGUUGCCCUGGAAGUGAUGUGUUUAUUGACGAUGGGAAGUUUGCUGAUCCUUGGAGAGCCGUUGAAGAGAAAUGUCACAAGACUUUUUGGAAAAAGAGAUGUGGACUUUAGUAAGUUGAGUUUUGAGAUUGCAGAAAACGUCAUCAAAUUUAAAGCCCCUUUACUAUAUAAAAUUUUUGUAAAAUACGGUCUUGUAAUUUGUGCUAAAAUUUUAGCUCGCGCUUUGUAUAAUAGAAACCAUCUUCAGAUCGAACUUCUUCAAAAAAUUAAUUUUACAAUAGCGUGUUCGAAAGAAUACAAUCAUAGAGGAUUUUAAUGUAACUUCCACGUUCAAAAAAGUGACACACCUACUCUCAAAAAGAACAACUAUUUUUCUGAUCUUUUCCAAUAAUGUUCCAUAGUCUCCCGGCAUGACAAUGACAAGUUUCAUGUCUAGGAUGGGUAAUUUUUCCAAAAACAAUUCUUUCCACCCCAAACUGACAAAGAUAUGACUAAUGCAAGAUGUGUUUUUCUCUCUGUCCGCUCCACGAACCUCGCGUACUCUUUCUGCCGUAAAAAUCGUCGAAUAUCACGGCUUUGUCUGCGCAGCUUGAGCUAAUGCUUUGACGAGUGUGUGGUCUAUUCCCAACAUGUGUGAAAAAUUAAUGAAAGAUUUGAACUUGCACUUGAUACCCUUUGUAAGUAAUCAUAUUUCAGGUUACGCCUCGAAUCUAUUUUUGCUCUCAGCCAUUCUAAUCAUCAUGUCAUCCUACACUCUUCGCGUUUGGAUCAAGGAGCACAGAAAGUUGGUCGUUCGCAUGAGAGAAACCCCAUCAUUCGUCGAUCUCUUCAGUGCGGGAAGCCGUCUCUCGUCGUUUGUCAGACUGUCUUUUCCUCCAGUGUAG